CCCAUUUGACAAAAAAAAAACAAAGAAUAGAGAAGAAUGGUGAUGGGUAGAAGAAAUUCAUUGAUUUUUUUUAGUUUUUAUCUUGGGGAAAAUUAGUUUUUCUUUCCUUCUCUCAUUGAAGAGUCCGCCCAAGAAUAGUUAGAUAGAUAGAUAGAUAGUUGUGUGGGGAAGGAGGCAGGCAUCUUUCUUCUUCUCUUUCAUGCUUGUUAUGUGUUAGCUUUUAUUGCAACCCUUUCCUUUGCUUUCCUUUCAUAUUGCCCUUCUUUAUUAUCACCAUCAUAAUCAUAAUCAUAAUCAAACCUCAUCUCCUGUUAUUUACAUAUAUACAUACAAACUUAUCAUCUUAUUUGUCUCUCCAACUUCUCUUUUAUAUAUCAUUUCCUUCUACAAUGGCUGUUCAAGCUCAAUACCCAUCCAAUGUUCUUCUUCUAAACAGAAGCGGGCAAGACGGGCAUGAUUAUUCAUUGCAUCCGCAACCUGGAGGAGGUGGAGGAUUGUUUCUUGAUCAAUCAUAUAUGUCUUUCAACAAUGGAGCAGGAAGUAGUAAUAAUCCACGGAAAAGAAGCCGGGAACUUCCGGGGGCUGCAAAUACAAAUACAACUACAACAACCUCGCCAAUCAAUAUUCCCUUUUCUAUGCAGACUCAACCUCCUCAACUCAUAAACCUCUCCCAGCUCCACCACCCCAAUGUCGUCUCCACCGGACUCCGUUUAUCUUUUGGCGACCAACAACACUUGUAUCAACAAACUCAUAAUCAUCAACAACAACAGCAUCAGAAUAUUAUAUGCCAGAGUCCUUUCUCAUCGUCCUUAUUAUCGGAAGAUUUUGCCACUCAAAUCAAACGACAGCGUGACGAAUUAGACCAAUUCCUCCUAGCUCAGGGAGAACAACUGCGGCGUGCAUUAGCCGAAAAAAGUCAGAGGCACUACCGUGCGCUUAUUGUCGCGGCGGAGGAAUCAAUAGCCCGACGGUUGAGAGAAAAAGACGCCGAAGUGGAAAAGGCAACGCGGAGAAAUGCGGAGUUGGAGGCUCGUGCCGCGCAGCUUAGCGUGGAGGCGCAGGUUUGGCAGGCGAAAGCAAGGGCACAGGAGGCAACAGCUGCGUCGUUGCAAGCGCAGCUGCAACAGGCGAUAAUGAAUAAUAAUGGGGGCGGCGGGGGAACGGCGCAGGAUAGCAGGAGAGGAGACGAUGGGCUAAUGUGUACCGGAGAGGUUGCAGAGGAUGCCGAGUCCGCUUAUGUCGACCCUGACCGUGUUGUUUCGGUGGGCGUGUCGGGUGGGCCCACCUGCAGAGUUUGCCGGAAAAGGGUGCGUCGGUGGUACUGUUCCCGUGCCGGCAUCUUUGUGUCUGUAAAGAAUGUGACCGGGUGGUUCAGGCGUGCCCAUUGUGUUUCAACAUGAGGGAUUCAAGUGUUGAAGUUUUUCUUUCUUAGGGUACAAGCCCAAGCCCAGGAUGAGGCCCAACAAGAAAAUUACCAGAUGGUUAAAAAAAAAAAAGAAGAAAAUAAAAAUCCAGUAUAAUAAAAAUUACAAUUUUCGGUUUAUUUUUUGUGUUAAAUUUGGGUUCAGAUAUUCUGGUGAACCACCCAAAACUCAAAUUUUUACUAAUUUUUGUCUUUUUUUUCUUGGCCCCCCCCUCUUGGAGUGAAAAUACCUAGAGGUAAUGUACAUGGCCACAUGGGUAGUGGCAUUUUUUACUAGAAAAAAUAAAUCAUAUAUAUAAAUUCUUUCAUUUUAUAA